GAUAGAGAGAGAGAGAGAGAGAGAGAGGAAGAUGAAAGGGCAGAACAACCGGCGCCUAUGACUUGCGAUGGAAGAAAAGAGUAAUUGAGAAGAAGCAGCGGGAAGAGAGGAUUCCUCGACUCGUUUGCAUACGAUUAUGGCGGAACCAGAGCAAUCGGCGAUGUUUAGGACAGGUAAUCUAUUAGCCGGAGAUGGAGAGACUGCGAGUCUAGCCAUGAAGAAAAAGAAGAGGAAAAAGAGGAAUUUUCUUCCCUCAACCGCCGUAAGUUCUCUCAAUCUCUCUGCUUCGUCAUCCACCCCUCAAUCACAGGCACAUGACCCCAAUCUCAAUCUUACCCAUGAGAAUGGAAUUGCUCCUUGUGCUGAUUAUCUUAAUUCUAAUAUUAAACCUGAUGGUAAUCUAGUAAUCGAUUGCUUCGAUGAUACUAAUAACAACGAUAAGAAGAAGAAGAAGAGUAAGAGUAAGAGUAAGAAGGGUUUAGAACUAGAAGAAUCGUGGGUGGUUUCGCCGCCAGGAACCAGGCGCUCUAAUGGCACUGACCCAAAUGAGGUCGAAGAGGAAAAAGAUUGCAACAAGAAAAAAGAGAAGAGGAGGAGGAAGAGAAAUGAUAGCAAGUGUUGCGAGGUAGUGAAAGAGGAGGAUAGGGCUUUUGAGUUCGAUAAGCAGAAAAGAGAGCCCGAUUACCGAAUAAAGAGCAGGAUUGGUCCAUUUGAUGCAAGUUUAGAAGACGAGAUUUUGACACUUGAGGAUGUCCUUUCGCGAAGCAUUUACAAGAGUAAUGGCACGAGAACAGACUUAAAGGAUGGCCAGCAUGAUGAUGAGGAGGAACCCAAUUUCUCUUUCAAGGCUGUUUCAAACAAUCCUUCCAUUCGAGCUAUUGAUGGUUGCUGUAACUUAGCUGGGGAGGUUGAGGAUGAAGCUGUUAUAAUACCAAGCAUUUAUGCAAGCUUGAAGGAAGAAAAUGUACAGCAAAAUGAGCUAGAAGUUGGAAAGGCUGUUGGUUACAAGCAAAGGCGAAGAAAGGAAAAACAGCGAACAAUUGCUCACGCUGAUGUUCGAAAGGUGUCCCCAUACUUCUGGAGGUCAACAGGACAACAAGAGGUGAGAAAUGACGGUAAUGGGAGACGAUUUAGCCCAACAAGAGCUUGUGCAAAAGCUGGUGCUACUUGUGUGAUGGUUUCCCCAUACUUUGAAAAGAUACCCAAAGAAGGAGAAAAUGCAGAUGUCCCCAAUCUCAAUCUCACCCAUGAGAAUGGAAUUGCUUCUUGUGAUGAUUAUCUUAAUUCUAGGAAGCGAAGGAAGAUCAAUGACAUUAAACGUGAUGUUAAUCUAGCAAUUAAUUGCUACAAUGAUACUAAUAAUAAUGAUAAUAAUAAUAAUAAUAAGAAGAAGAAGAGUAAUCCCAGUUCUAGUAAGAAGGGUCUAGAACUAGAAGAAUCGUGGGUGGUUCCGUCGUCAGGAACCAGGUGCUCAUAUGCUUCUCCUACACAUGACACUGCCCCAAAUGAGAUCGAAGAGGAAAAAGAUUGCAACAAGAGCAAAGAUAAGAGGAGGAAGAGGAAUGAUAGCAACACAGAUAAGAGGAAGAGGAAGAGAAAUGAUAGCAAGUGUUGCGAGCUAAUGAAAGAGGAGGAUAAGGCUUUUGAGUUUGAUAUGCAGAAAAGAGAUCCCGGUUACCAAAUGAAGAGCAGGAUUGGUCCAUUGGAUGGAAGUUAUGAAAAUGAGGUUUUGAAGCUUGAGGAUGUCCUUUCGCAAAGCAUUUACAAGAGUAAUGGAACAAGAACAAACUUAAAGGAUGGCCAGCAUGAUGACGAGGAGGAACCCACUUUCUCUUUUAAGGUUACAAACAAUCCCUCCAUUCUAGAUAUUGACGGUGGCUGCAACUUAGCUGGGGAGGUUGAAAAUGAAGCUGUUAUAUUACCAAGCAUUUAUCCAAGCUUGAAAGAAGAAGUACAGCAAAAUGAGCUAGAAAUUGGAAAGAUUGUUCGUUCCAAGCGAAGAGGAAGAAACGAAAAACAGCAAACAAUUGCUCAUGUUGACUCUGCCCCAAAUGAGAUCGAAGAGGAAGAAGAUUGCAACAAGAGCAAAGAUAAGAGGAGGAGGAAGAGGAAUGAUAGCAAGUGUUGUGAUCUAGUAAAAGAGGAGGGUAAGGCUUUUGAGUUUGAUAUGCCGAAAAGAGAUCUCGGUUACCAAAUGAAGAGCAGGAUUGGUCCAUUGGAUGGAAGUUAUGAAAAUGAGGUUUUGAAGCUUGAGGAUGUCCUUUCGCGAAGCAUUUACAAGAGUAAUGGAACAAGAACAAACUUAAAGGAUAGCCAGCACGAUGACGAGGAGGAACCCACUUUCUCUUUUAAGGUUACAAACAAUCCCUCCAUUCUAGAUAUUGACGGUGGCUGCAACUUAGCUGGGGAGGUUGAAAAUGAAGCUGUUAUAUUACCAAGCAUUUAUUCAAGCUUGAAAGAAGAAGUACAGCAAAAUGAGCUAGAAAUUGGAAAGAUUGUUCGUUCCAAGCGAAGAAGAAGAAACGAAAAACAGCAAACAAUUGCUCAUGUUGACUCUGCCCCAAAUGAGAUCAAAGAGGAAGAAGAUUGCAACAAGAGCAAAGAUAAGAGGAGGAGGAGGAAGAGAAAUGAUAGCAAGUGUUGUGAGCUAGUAAAAGAGGAGGGUAAGGCUUUUGAGUUUGAUAUGCAGAAAAGAGAUCCCGGUUACCAAAUGAAGAGCAGGAUUGGUCCAUUGGAUGGAAGUUAUGAAAAUGAGGUUUUGAAGCUUGAGGAUGUCCUUUCGCGAAGCAUUUAUAAGAGUAAUGGAACAAGAACAAACUUAAAGGAUGGCCAGCAUGAUGACGGGGAAGAAACCACUUUCUCUUUUAAGGUCACAAACAAUCCCUCCAUUCUAGCUAUUGAUGGUGGCUGCAACUUAGCUGGGGAGGUUGAGAAGGAAGCUGUUGUAAUACCAAGCAGUUAUGAAAGCUUGAAAGAAGAAGUACAGCAAAAUGAGCUAGAAAUUGGAAAGACUGUUGGUUCGAAGCGAAGGAGAAGAAACGAAAAACAGCAAACAAUCGCUCAUGUUAAUGUUCGAAAUGUCUCCCCAUACUUCUGUAGGUCAACAGGACAACAAGAAGUGAGAAAUGACGAUAAUGAUAGACAAUUUAGCCUGACAAGAGCUUGUGCAAAAGCUCGUGCUACUUCUGUGAAGGUCUCCCCAUACUUUCAAAAGAUACCCAAAGAAGAGCAGCAAGAGGUGAGAAAUGACGGUAAUGAUAGACAAUUGAGACCAACAAAAGCUUGUACAAAAGCUCGUGCUACUUCUGUGAAGGUCUCCCCCUACUUUCAAAAGAUGCCCAAAGAAGAAGAAAAUGCAGAUGGCCUUCUGUUGGAAGGUAAAAAUUGGUGUAAAACAGAUGUGAGAGUUGAGACUGUUCUAUCUACUUCUGAGAAGCUACACACAGCUUACCGAAGAAAAAGUCCAGAUAACAUGUGGAAACCUCCACGCUCCAGCUAUGGUCUACUCCAAGAGGAUCAUGCCCAUGAUCCUUGGAGGGUAUUGGUGAUAUGUAUGCUCCUAAAUCGGACAACUGGUUUGCAGGCUAAAAGGGUGAUAUCGGAUCUCUUUACUCUCUGUCCUGAUGCAAAGACAGCAACUGAGGUCACUCCAGAGGAGAUAGAAAAGAUUAUAAAAACACUAGGUCUACAAAGGAAGAGGGCAGCAAUGAUACAGCGCCUCUCUCAGGAGUACUUGUGGGAAAGCUGGACCCACGUGACUCAGCUGCAUGGUGUUGGCAAGUAUGCAGCUGAUGCGUAUGCAAUAUUUUGUACAGGAAGUUGGGACCUGGUGAGACCUACUGAUCACAUGCUAAAUUAUUACUGGGAAUUUCUUUGCAGUAUUAGACAUACCUUAUGAUUUUCUCUCUCUAUUAGACAUAUCUUACUGGAUUGGGAGCUCUAUUUUUGUGAUUUUGGAGUACAAUUUCAAGGAAAAACUUGUUCUAGUCAAAACUCCUAUUUUAAAUUUGUUCAAAUUUAGGAUCAAGAAUAUCUGAGUAGAGAUAGCUAGAAGCUGAAUCCAUCUCCUACAUUUUGCUCUACUUCCACCCCUUAUCAAUCACCUGUUGUAUGCAAAUAUUUUAUCUUUGUCCGUUUUUAUUAUUUAUUAUUUUCAUUUGGUU